AGCAAAAAUUUUGAGGUAGAACAUGGAAACCUUUACAAUCUUCCUUAGCAACCAUUUCAUUGGUGUUUUUGGUGUUGCAAAGAUCUUGAGCUACUCGUGUAAUCAACAAAGUCAUCAGCAAAAGUCGUCACAAGAUGAUUCUUAUCGGCACUUUCAAAGUUCAAUACAGCACCAUUCAUGUAUUCUUCUGUCUCCGGACAUGCAAAAUUGUGUUCAACAUGUUCAAGACUCUUUCUAA